AUGGUGGUUGCCACUAUCAAAUGUGUGGUGGUCGGUGACGGUGCCGUUGGCAAGACGUGUCUUCUCAUCAGCUACACCACGAACAAAUUCCCCUCAGAAUACGUACCGACUGUCUUUGACAACUAUGCGGUCACCGUAAUGAUUGGCGAUGAACCGUACACGCUGGGUCUCUUCGAUACCGCGGGACAAGAGGAUUACGAUAGGUUGCGCCCUCUCUCGUACCCCCAGACAGACGUUUUCCUCGUAUGUUUCAGCGUCACCUCACCCGCCUCUUUCGAGAACGUCCGAGAAAAAUGGUUCCCUGAAGUGCACCAUCACUGCCCCGGUGUCCCUUGCCUUAUUGUCGGCACCCAGGUCGACCUUCGGGACGAUGCUAGUGUCCGUGACAAGCUUGCGAAGCAGAAGAUGCAGCCCGUUCGAAGGGAGGACGGAGAGCGGAUGGCCAAGGACCUCGGCGCUAUCAAGUACGUCGAGUGCAGCGCUUUGACCCAGUAUAAGCUCAAAGAUGUGUUCGAUGAGCUGCCUGCCAUCCGUGCCCACGACCACAUGAAUGCAUUGGACCGCGUAAAGUUCCAAUGUCGGACCGGCGAUUGUUUGAGGAUUAACGAGAGGCGGCUGACGGGCUGGGCACCCGAGGGACAAUUGGAUCUGCGAACUGAAAGGCGCUCCUUGAAGCAGGCACCGGUCCCUGAAAUUACCCUCCUUGAAUGA